GGAAGGGAGGCCCUCGGGGGUCUCUCUUUGCCGGUGUGGCUCCUUGACUUGAUGGGAGGGGGGGUAGGUGGGUGGGUGUAAAUGGAGGUUACCCAACCAGAACUUGGUGUCUGUUCACCGCCUGCUCGGUUGUUAUCCCUUCCCUCCUUCGGCGUGGACAUCCUACCCACCACAAAGGAGCCCGUAUAUCAGGCUGGGGGUAGCUACUCCUGGAGUGAUGGACUGAGAACGCCAACAGUAGCAGCCUUUUGUUCCUCGGCUACGGACGGAGCCCGGCAUUCCCACAAUAAGGAAGUCAGCAAAUCCCGGGCAAAACUUCCCUUGUUGUUCUGCCUUUGCAACCCGCCCGGGACCGCCAGGCGAGACUUUCUUUUCCUGCUGUAGAAGCUGGGCUUCUACCUUUUUUCAUCUGUGAUGUCCUUAUUUCUAAGGAUGAACCUGGCAGCGGAUUCUUGAUUUUUAAAAGGAAACGCAAAGCAAACAAUAAAAAGAAGAAGAAGUAAAAAUGCAAGUUUGAAGCUGGAAGAAAGAACCCUAAGGGGGAAAAAAGAGGGUAAGGAGAAUACCGGACAAUAUUUGUAAUCUAACAGGAUAAUCUGCGGACGGGAUAUUUUGCAGAACCAAAAAAAAUUACUUACUUUUCGGACAAUGGAGGCAGCGGUUUGCUUGCUGCUAAUGGCCGCUGUGGGAAUCAACGCUCAGAAGCCCGAAGGUGCCGAAAGCCGCAUCGCGGGAGGGACGCGAGAAUUCGUUUACGGGAACAGGUACAGGCGCUCCAGCGAGGCGCAGGAGAAAUGCACUUACACGUUCAUCGUCCCGCAGCAAAAAGUAACCGGGGCCAUUUGCGUGAACUCCAAAGAACCCGAAGCCGUUCUCCUGGAAAACAGGGUCAACAAGCAAGAGGUGGAACUUCUCAACCAUGAACUCCUGAAGCAGAAGAGGCAGAUCGAGACCCUGCAGCAGCUGGUGGAAGUGGACGGCGGCAUCGUGAGCGAGGUCAAGCUGCUGCGGAAGGAAAGCCGCAACAUGAAUUCCCGCGUCACCCAGCUCUACAUGCAGCUGCUGCACGAGAUCAUCCGGAAACGGGACAACGCGCUGGAGCUGUCCCAGCUGGAGAACAAGAUCCUCAACCAGACGGCCGACAUGCUGCAGCUAGCUAACAAGUACAAAGACCUGGAGCACAAGUACCAGCACCUGGUCACCAUCGCCAAUAAUCAAUCGACGGUCAUCGCCCAGCUGGAAGAGCACUGCCAGAGGACGCCGGUCCUCAAGACCGUUCUGCCGCCGCCGCAGCCCCCGAACCAGGUCUACCAGCCGCCGACCUACAACCGCAUCACCAACCAAAUAUCCACCAACGAAAUUCAGAGCGACCAGAACUUAAAGGCUCUGCCGCCGAGUCUCCCAACCAUGCCGUCGGUCACCAGCGUCCCGACUUCGACCGACAAGCCCUCAGGUCCUUGGCGAGACUGUUUACAAGCGUUAGAAGAUGGCCACGGGACCAGCUCCAUAUAUCUUGUCAAACCUGAAAACACCAACCGACUGAUGCAAGUCUGGUGCGAUCAGCGGCAAGAUCCUGGCGGCUGGACAGUAAUUCAGAGGCGCUUGGAUGGCUCGGUUAAUUUCUUCAGGAACUGGGAAACAUAUAAGCAAGGGUUUGGUAACAUCGAUGGGGAGUACUGGCUGGGCUUGGAAAACAUUUACUGGCUGACGAACCAAGGGAACUACAAGUUGUUGGUAACCAUGGAGGACUGGUCGGGACGCAAAGUUUUCGCGGAAUACGCCAGCUUCCGCCUGGAGCCGGAAAGCGAAUUCUACAAGUUGCGAGUGGGACGCUACAACGGCAAUGCGGGAGAUUCCUUUACGUGGCACAACGGAAAACAGUUCACCACACUGGAUAGAGACCACGACGUCUACACAGGCAACUGCGCCCACUAUCAGAAAGGGGGCUGGUGGUACAACGCGUGCGCGCACUCGAACCUCAACGGCGUCUGGUACAGAGGAGGCCACUACAGGAGUCGCUAUCAAGAUGGAGUCUACUGGGCAGAAUUCCGGGGAGGGUCGUAUUCCCUCAAAAAAGUGGUGAUGAUGAUCAGACCGAACCCUAACACUUUCCACUGAAGGGAGAGACAGCGUCCUCUUCCGGAGGGGGCCAAGACUUUACGCGCGUCUCCACGGGACCCAUCUUCUCGGCGACAAAGAAUGUAAGAUAAUCUUGUAACUCUCACUGACUGCGAGACAAGGAGACCUGGAUCUCGGGACUGUUCCAGAAUCGAUUUAGAACCAAAACAAGCAGCGGGGUUUUUUUUGAGGGGGGGAGGGAGAGAGAGAGAGAGAGAGAGAGAGUGGGACAAUGCUCUUUUGUUUGGAAAAACAAGGAACCGAGCGAUCGCUUUCAGAUGGCACGGACCGUAGAUAAAACGAAGGCCAUCGGAAGACUGCCACACCGUCUAAAUGCUUCCUAUGUUAGAUACGCUCUCAAAUCCUGCACAUAUUCGAAACUGUACAGUAUAAUAAUGGAUCCAUUUGACACAGGGAAUUACAUCCUUUGACGUUCUGUAGCCAGCAUGGGUAUCUUGUUUGUUGUUAGUCACGAAGUCGUGUCCGAUCCCCAUCGCGACCCCAUGGACAACGUUCCUCCAGGCCUUCCUCUGGAGUCCAUUUAAGCUCAUGCCGACUGCUUCAGUGACUCCAUUCAGCCAUCUCGUUCUCUGCCAUCCCUUUCUUCUUUUGCCAUCCAUCGUUCCCAGCAUGAGGCCCCCUAUCCAGGGAGUCCUUCCUUCCCAUUAGGUGGCCAAAGGAUUUGAGUUUCCUCUUCAGGAUCUGGCCUUCUAAAGAGCAGUCAGGGUUGAUCUCCUUUAGGACUGACCGGUUGGAUCGCCUUGCAGUCCAAGGAGACAGGAGUCCCUUGGAUCUAUCUAUCUAUCUAUCUAUCUAUCUAUCUAUCUAUCUAUCUAUCUAUCUAUCUAUCUAUCUAUCUAUCAUCUUUGUUGUUAGUUGUGAAGUCCUGUCCGACCCAUCGCAACCCCAUGGACAACAUUCCUCCAGGCCUUCCUGUCCUCUACCAUCCUCUGGAGUCCAUUUAAGCUCCCGCCGACUGCUUCAGUGACUCCAUCCAGCCACUUCGUUCUCUGCCAUCCCCUUCUUCUUUUACCCUCCAUCCUUCCCAGCAUUAGGCUCUUCUCCAGGGAGUCCUUCCUUCUCAUGAGGUGGCCAAAGUAUUUGAGUUUCAUGGGUAUCUUAGGCUGUUAGAAAAGGGACAAUUCUUAAUUUAAGCCGUUGCAGGGACAUAGUGCCUGUCCACCAACAGUGUCUUACACAAACAGAAUUCCAAGUUUGGAAUUCUUCCGACUCUGCUUGGAUGCCAGGCAGGGUUACGACUCCACCGUGAACUAUUUUGAGCGGUUUAUCCUGUAUUUCUCUUCGCUCUUCCUCUUGAAUGCAUUGGCCCUUCUCCAAAUGUUGACUAAACUCGUACUGUACAUUCUUUUUUUUCUUUUCUUUUUUUCAAAUUACCUCAGCGGUAUCAAUGUGGUGGUGGUGUUUUUUAGACUUUUGGGAAUAACUUAGGUCUGUGAUGGUGACUGUUCUGUCCCCCCCCCCAACCACAACCAAGAAGACACGCGAGCUGACUAUAUCUGCCAGCAAUUUAUUCCUACGACAGAUAUCAGUUCUGGCAACGAACCUGCGAUUGCCUGCCAAGUUCUCUGAUCUCCUCAGAAGCUAGCGUAACUGCAGUUCAUUGCUGGAGCAACCAAGAGUUCAGAAAUAAGCAGAAAUCUAGAAUUCUUAGUCUCGAAAUAUUGCAGCCAAAGUUUCCAAGAGUCAGUUUUUGUCCAUCACAAGAAGCUAUAGAACAGCUCCUCCUGCUUUUAUACCCUGUGGGGUGUGGCUCCGUGACUCAGCACUCUCUAGGCCUGCCCCACCCCUUCUUUUGUUGUUCCCGCCUCUCCUUUCUGCGAUGCCUGGGAUUUAACCAGGACUGAUUGUCAGCAGCUGGGUCUUGAGGCGUUGCCUGGGAGGGGGAAGGUGCGGGAGAAAGAGGCCUCGUCAUCUCCUCCACCUGGCUUGCCUCUGGGACCUGGAGCGGAGCCAGAGAGGGAGGUCCUGCAGAGGGAAGCCCUGUCUCUUCCGCCUCACUCCCUGAGUCACUCUCUGCCAGGAGGCCCAGCUCGGGAGCCGAAGACACAACAGCGAACCUAUGGCACGCGUGCCAGAGAUGGCAUGCAGAACCCUCUCUGUGGGCAUACGCGCUGUCGCCAGCUGCUCUUCUAGUUUUUCGGCCUUUUUCAGCCUGAAAAAUGGCCUGGAAAAUAGCCUGAAAACGGCCAAAACCGCCAUUUUUGGGCCAUUUUUGGGCCUUUUCUGAGGUGUUUUCCAGCUGUGUUUUGGGCUAUUUUCCAGCCAUUUUCUGGCAGUUUUCAGGGCAAAAAAACAGCCAAAAAACAGGCAUCCAUGCACCGGCCAGCUGGUCUUCAUGUUUCCGGUGCUCCGGCACAGGGCCACGGCCACGCAUUCUGGUUUGGGCACUCGGUGCCCAAAAGGUUCGCCAUCCCUGAUUUAGGUCCUGCUUUAACAUCUGCAAAAGUGUUUUGAUGUGUAUAAAUGACGAUUUCGUCUUCUAAGCUAAGUUGCCCUUGAAAACUUUCCUUUCUCGAAUAAAAUUCAACAGCUGUAGAGAA